AUGUCCAGCUACGGCGGUGAUCGCGGCGGUCGCUCUGGCGGCUACGGCGGCGGCGGCGGCGGCGGCCGUGGAGGCUACGGACGUGAUCGUGAAGAUCGCGGUGACCGCAACGGCGGCUAUGGCGGUGGUUAUGGCGGAGGUCGCAGCAACGGAUACUCCAACGGCGGUUCCAACGGCUACGGUGGUGGUGGUGGUGGCGGCUACGGCGGCGGUGGCUAUGGCGGCGGCGGUGGUGGUGGUGACCGCAUGUCUGCGCUUGGCGCUGGUCUUCGCAAGCAAGAUUGGGAUCUCUCUACCCUGCCCAAGUUCGAGAAGGACUUCUACAAGGUUAACAGCGAUGUGGACAACCGCUCCGACGCCGAGGUUCAGGCUUUCCGCACAAAGCACCAGAUGACCAUUGCUGGUUGUGAUGUCCCCAAGCCUGUCGAGACCUUCGACGAGGCUGGCUUCCCCCGCUACGUUAUGGAUGAAGUCAAGGCACAGGGCUUCCCUGCCCCCACUGCCAUUCAGUCUCAGGGUUGGCCCAUGGCCCUUUCCGGUCGUGAUGUUGUCGGUAUUGCCGAGACUGGUUCCGGCAAGACGCUUACGUACUGUCUUCCCGCCAUUGUCCACAUCAAUGCCCAGCCCCUUCUUGCCCCCGGCGAUGGUCCUAUUGUUCUCGUUCUCGCCCCCACUCGAGAACUUGCUGUUCAGAUUCAGCAGGAAAUCACCAAGUUUGGCCGCUCUUCACGUAUCCGCAACACUUGCGUCUACGGUGGUGUCCCCAAGGGCCCUCAGAUUCGUGACCUCUCCCGCGGUGUCGAGGUCUGCAUUGCCACUCCUGGUCGUCUGAUCGACAUGCUUGAGGCUGGCAAGACCAACUUGCGCCGCGUUACCUAUCUCGUCCUCGAUGAGGCCGAUCGCAUGCUUGACAUGGGUUUCGAGCCCCAGAUUCGCAAGAUUAUUGAGCAGAUUCGCCCCGACCGUCAGACUCUCAUGUGGUCUGCCACCUGGCCCAAGGAGGUCCGCGCCAUGGCUUCCGACUUCCUCCAGGACUUCAUCCAGGUCAACAUUGGUUCCAUGGACCUCGCUGCCAACCACAGAAUUACCCAGAUCGUCGAGGUUGUCACCGACAUGGAGAAGCGCGAUCGCAUGAUCAAGCAUCUCGAGAAGGUCAUGGACAACAAGGAGAACAAGAUCCUCAUCUUUGUUGGCACCAAGCGUGUCGCCGACGACAUUACUCGAUUCCUCCGCCAGGACGGCUGGCCUGCACUAUCCAUUCACGGCGACAAGCAGCAAAACGAACGUGAUUGGGUCCUUGACCAGUUCAAGACCAACAAGAGCCCCAUCAUGGUGGCCACUGACGUGGCUUCGCGUGGUAUUGACGUUCGUAACAUCACUCAUGUGCUGAACUACGAUUAUCCCAAUAACUCGGAGGACUACAUCCACCGUAUUGGUCGUACCGGUCGUGCUGGUGCCAACGGUACCGCCAUUACAUUCUUCACCACUGACAACCAAAAGCAGGCUCGUGAGCUUGUCAAUGUUCUUCAGGAGGCGAAGCAGCAGAUUGACCCUCGUCUGGCUGAGAUGGCUCGCUUCGGUGGCGGUGGCGGCGGUCGUGGCUAUGGUGGUUGGGGACGCGGCCGUGGUGGUGGUCGAGGUGGUAACAAUGCCAACAACCAGCCGCUGCGCAACCGUCGCUGGUAA